AUGCGCAGAGCUCAUAGAAAAUCCCGAAAAGGAUGUCUUGAGUGUAAGAAGCGCCAUAUCAAAUGUGAUGAAACUCGCCCACAAUGCAUCAAUUGCACAACGGUAACCCGAGAAUGCCAAUACUCUACGCCUUGGCUUGACGACGGGCGCCAGUCAUCAGGCCGGUCGGUCAGCCCACAGAUAAGGGUGUCCUCAAAAAUGAGCACGCCGGCACCAACACCAUCACCGACACCGUUCCCUGGGCUUCAACCGGCGGCCCCGCCCGAAAAUGCGUACCCACGAGUCGACAUGGUUCACAUGGAGCUCCUCCAUCAUUACAUGACCAGCGACUCCCUCCAUCCACUCAUAGAUACAUGUAUGCAAAACCUCGUCGCCAAGGUUGCCGUCCGGGAGCCCUACGUCAUGCACUCCGUGCUCGCACUCUCUGCCCACCAUCUCAGCGUGGUACACCCGGAGAAACAGUCUUUCUACCACAACAUCGCCAUCCAACUCCAGACCCAGGCCCUCUCCCUCUUCAACAGCAUCGACAUUGCGCUCUGGGGGGAUUCAGUCGAGAAACGCGUUCCGGCCUUCAUGUUUUCGAGCGUGCUCGGCAUCCACGCACUUUGCGAUGCGCUUGCACACCGCGAUCGAACGCCGGACGCCGCCAUUACUCGAUUCCUAACAUACCUCACGCUCCACCGUGGCAUGCACACCGUCAUGGACGGCUACUGGGACCAGCUACGGAAGACGGAACUCAAGGUCAUCUUUGACGAGCUUGUGCCUCAGUGGUUUCAGUUAACCAGCGAGGGUCACGACUGCGACGAUAUUCGCGCGAGACUAACCUCGGCAGACUUGGAAGAGGAAGAACUAAAAGAAUCACUACGCGCCGUCGACCUAAUCCAGUGGGUCUUCGAUGGACAGCCCACGCGCGAAAGCAGGGCAUAUGUCCUGUGCUCCUGGGUCUCGAUGCUCCACCGAACGUUUGUUCGCAUGCUCGAGGCGCGCCGCCCAGAGGCACUGGCCGUACUGGCGUAUUAUUUCCUAGCCAUGUACCACUGUCGGGGUGUGUGGCUGAUGGACGGCGCUGGCCAGCACUUUUUGGGCCUGCUAGUAGACUACUUCCGGGGUGGGGAGUGGUAUUCCUGGGUGGAAACGCCAUGGAGGAUGCUGCAGGAGUCUCUCUCUCACCUUAAAACUAUCUCACCGUCGCACACCGUCUCCCUCACCGGCUCGAUGGCUCACCCCCCUCCCCCCACCCGAUUCACGCUUACUCGCGCUCGGCCGGCUGACGCACCCCGCAUCGCUGAAAUCCACCUGGCCGCGAUGGACGCCAACCCGUUGCUGCACGCCCAGUUCCCGAGUCCCACGGGCCUGGCAGGCCUGAGGCAAUUUUUGGAGAGCGAGGUUUCCGAGCAUGUGGCCUCGCUGGGCGAUGGGCCGCUGCCAUCAUCUAGCACGGAAGGUGGUAGCGUAGGUGAAGGACAAGGAUAUGGCGGUGGGGGAAUAUCGGUGGCGCGUGAUGUGGAAAGGGGGGUGAUCGUGGGGUAUAUCAGGUGGGAUGUGGAAGUGAAGUCAGACUCGCCAGGGAACGCCGAGAAUUCCAAAGCCAAGUUAGAGAACGGCGAUAUACGGUUUGUAGAGGGGUGUAGACCGGAAUUUUUGGAAGGGUAUGCUGCGCUGGCGGAGGAGGCCAAGGGAAGAUGCUUUAAUGGGAGCAAUCAUUACUGCCUCACUUUCGUCUGCAUUGACCCGGCAUGGCAAGGCCGCGGCGCCGGCGCGCUGUUGACCCGAUACGUCCUCGAUCUGGCGGCCGCCGACGGGUUGCCGGUGUACCUGGAGAGCACUGAGGUGGCGGUACCGUUGUAUUGGAAGUUGGGGUUUCGGGUGCUAGAUGGGUUUGAGAUGAGGAUACCGCGGCUGGGGCCCGCUGAUGCGUCUGUUGCCGAGGUUGGCGGCGGUGAGGAAGAGGUUUGGUAUAGGGAGAAGUGUAUGCUCUGGACACCUCCAUCGAAGGCUGAUGGGGAUGUAUGA